AAUGGCGGCCGCACUUUACAUUGGAUUUACGGAAUAUCGAUAGAAAAUGUAACAUUUCGCUGUGUAACUGUAUCCAAUCACAGGCAACCUGAUGAUGAUGGACAGCUGAUGGCCCCGCAAUAUGCAAAUGAGGUAGUCCCACCACAUCACAGCUGCAGCAUGUAGAGAUGAAGAAAGCCACUUCCCUCGGUGGUUUGAGUUGAGGUCCCAGGACUGUAACUAGGUGUUGAGAUCUGCAGCACCAAAGGAAAGCCGGUUGAAGAUGAGUGUCAUCAUCGUCACCAUCCAAUCAUCAGCCUCCUUUGUCAGCUGCAUUGUAAAUUAAGGAUUUAAAGCGCCAGUAACGCAAAAAAUAAACACUCUCAGAGAAAAUGGCAGACGGUAAACACAAACAUAAGAAGUGGAGCAAGUUCAAAGAUGCGGUGAACCGGAAUGGGCUGGUUCGACGCAUCAGUAUUCGUAAGAGCAGUCGCGUCAAGAAGUACGGGGACACCAGCGAGGAGAACGACGAGGACUUCAACGACUAUCUCCUGCUGGCCCAAGUCUACAGUCUCUUCAUAGACGGAGAACAACAGCAGUGGGAGAAGAUCAUUGACGAGGUAGUGCGCAUCUGCGUCACCGUGGAGCAGGAGUCGCCCAAGUACGUCUUCCAUAUUGCUACAGUCGACGCUGAUCUGCAGGGGGUGUUGGACGCUUAUAUCAGUGUACCGGGAACCCAGCUUGUGAGGUGUACAUCAAGUUUCGUUCAGUGGAAGGACUCGGACCAGGGUGGUGCUUGGGGUCUCAACUUCAUCUCGGACGAGGCGGCGGAAAAGUUCAUCGCACUCUGCUCGCCGAGUGACAACCCUAAACUGAAGCGGUCAAACUCCUCUGGCUGUCUGGAAACCGGUUAUUUCCCCGAGCCGUCUUUCAACAACGACAUCGGUGACAUCGAGGCGACCACCCCUACCGGGCCGAGUCCCCUCCCAGCUUGUGACGUCGAUGACGUUUUGAUUGAUGGGCUGGAAGUGGAGGGAUCUUCACAGCGUCUAAUGGAGCAAGGGUGGGAGACGGAACAUUCUAAGAACAUCAACAUCCCGAUCUCUGGGGGAGUACGACGGAUGCUGUCGUCUCGGGGCAGCGGUAGGGACAUCAAGUACGCCACCUACUCCAGCCGGCGGUCACACUUCACCGAUUCCCUCUACGAUAACGUCAGCGACGAGGAUGAGGAUUAUCAGUGUAAUAAAAACGCAGCCAAUUGGGCCCAGAAUGGUUCCUUCAUUGACUCCCUUCUAAGCAAUGGGGGCGACGGUGAAGUAAGUACCGAUGAUUACCCGGUACAGGACGCAGAUGUAACGCCGACCCCAAUCAAGAAAGUAUUGAAAGAAAAGACUAACCCGUCGUCAAAGGAUUCUAGCCCACGCCAUAAACCAAAGAUUGUCAUCAACAAAGCCAAUGCGGACAAGAAAGACAACGGUGCCCUCGAUGCUGUCCCUCCGAACCCGCUGGAUCAAAUAACGAGCCCUGGGAUCCUAGACACCAGCUGGGGGACCGACACCGAGGGCGGGCUCCGUCCUCGCUCGAACACCGCCACAAGUCGGACGAGCUCCAACGGAAGCAGCCGCGGAAGCAGCCGCGGCAGCAGCGUACGGCGCCGCUCAUCGCGCAAGUCAAAAAUCAAGAGCUUGAUUGUUGGCUCGAGCGCCGACACUUUCAGCGACAUCGAGAACACCCAGGAGAAUUUGGCGCAGACUCACUCUCUCUUACAGGCAUACGAGAUUCAGAUCAGAAACAUGUCGGAGAGUCAAGACUGCUAUUAUAAUAGCACAGACCAUGAUUCCAAUCCGUCGCGUCACUCCUCCACACGCCGGUCGUCCUCGUUUAAGAGACCAACUCGGAAGGGAAUGCUCAGCGGAGGCAGUGAGGGGAGUAGCUGCGGCCUGCAGGUGGACUUUGGAACGUUGACAUCAAGCGAGGGCCGCUACUCGCAGGAAAUGGACGAGGAUUUUCAGGACACAUUGGAUAGGCCUUUUAUAUUCAGGGACGAUGACAUUGACGAUGAUGAUUCGGAUAGCAAUUCCUUCAGUUCUCAUCAGACCAAGGGAUCCACGUACACACAACGAGGAGCAAUCAGGAAAGCUGGCUGGCUGCAAUGUAAGAGUUUACUGGUACAGAAGAAGAAGAAGGUUGAACGAUCCACCCAUCGGAAAUGGAAAGAGUACUGGGUUUGUCUAAAGGGUACAAUGUUGCUCUUCUAUCACUGUGAGAAUAAGACCACUCCGGAUGAUAACAUUGAGCCUAGGCAUAUAUUAGUUGUUGAAGGAGGAAUAGCUCAAGCAAUCCCCGAGCAUCCCAAGAGAGAUAACAUCUUCUGUCUGAGUACAGCCUUUGGCGACGCUUACUUACUUCAGUCUCAAAGUCAGAUUGAGCUUGAAAACUGGAUCACUGGUAUCCAUUCAGCGUGUGCAUCUGCCUUGGCGAGACAACACGGCAAGGAUGACACCAUCCGACUCCUCAGAUCAGAAACACAGAAACUGGAACAACAAAUAGAAUCUGAGACUAAGAUGAAGAAGAUGGCUGAACUGCAGUUGUCCGUGGUGAUCCAAGCCAAGAACAAACAAGCUAUCGUCAGUCAGAUUGCACAGUGGGAUUUAAAUCUUGAACGCUUCCACCUGGAGCUCUACCGUCACCGCUGCUACCUGGCUUCCCUCCAGGGCUCGGAGCUACCCAACCCUAAGACCCUCCUUGCCUGCGUCUCUAAGCCCACCAAGCACACCCUCUCCAAGCUAGACUUCUUCUCUGUGUCUUCACUCCAUGCCCUGGUCAGUGCCAGGAACCCCAUGGGGCUGAAGGGCCGCUUCUCCAAGCCUCGCUCCAAGAAACAGAAAGGAUUGUUUGGUACCUUGAGGAGAGGAUCUAGAGGUGCAACUGCAUUAGCAGUAGACGCAGCACGGCUGGCUGAGAGCCAAAAAAGUACGACAGCACCCCCUAUGCAGUUUGAAGAGAGCGACCAGCGACAAGCCCCGACAACACCAGAUGAUAGUAUCAUGAACGAGAUGUUUGAGAAACAAAUGCAAGAGGAUCAGAAUAAGAUUGAGUGUUUGUCGGAACAGCUGAUGGAGGGCGCUCUUGUCAAGGUGUUACUGCCAGACAAUCAGAGCACCAUGGUAACCCUGAGGCCUGGUAUGACCGUACAGGAUCUACUCAUCGGAAGCUGUGUGAAUCGACAGAUGGACUACCACAACUUUUACGUGAGGUUCAAACAGGCCAUGCGCUACGGCGCCGAGUUCAACAUACCAGACAAGAACUCUGCUCUGGACAAAGAGAAAUUUGACGAGAUUGAAAUAUGCACCAAAUGCAUUCAUCAGGUAGAACUCUACAAGUUCAAUGAAAAUAUGGAAUUCGGUUUUACUGUGGAGGCGGAGCUAGGGGAUGAUGCUGAGAGGGAGGAUCAGCUGUGUGUCUUUAUCAGUGAGAUCGAGAAGGGAGGGCUAGCCUACCACCAAGAUCUACACGUCGGGGAUGAACUCCUCUGCAUCGAGGGGCGAGUCGUCUGCGAUCUGGACAUGCUCUUCAUCGAGAACCUCCUUCACACUAGCUCCACGGUCACGCUGACCGUCCGGUCAAGCCGGACAGUCUUUGCUCAGACUCAAGCGAUGAUGGACACCAAUAAAUACAUCGAUCAACUGACAUGUCCACCGCCACCCAGCCAGAACAGACUGACGGACGAUAUGAUCGAUAUGUUGAUUAUACCAGCGCCACUCACGUUUGAGGAGGAAGACACCAACGAUUCAUCCUUCACAUCCUCCCAAGAGCCUACCCCCUUGAAGUACAUGUACGACCCCAUCGAGGAAGAAAACAAGGAGCAAGAGAAGAGGCAGGAAGAAGAGCAACAACGCCAGCAAGACAACGUCCAGAACCCCAAGCAGAUUGAGCAGCUUCUCAAGAGGGUAGAGCACAUCACUGACUUCUGCCGCACCAUGGAGACCCCCGGUAUGGAAGGGGAGGAACGUGGGGGUGAGGAGACGGCGGAUGGGAUGGAGGUUGUCAGCGAUGCGACGAUAUUGCUACAUGCUGUGCAUAAGCUGCGCAAGGUGAUCCAUGAGCUUCAGGAGACUGAGAGGGCGUAUGUGAAGGACAUCAACUGUCUGGUCACUCGUUAUCUAGAGCCUCUACAAAGCGAGUCAUUUCUCACCGCAGACGAGAUUGAUGCCCUGUUUGGCAAUGUCAAAGAGAUCAUCAAGUUUCAGACCAUCUUCUUGAAGUGUCUUGAAGAUUCAACAGACGUGACCGACUUUGACACCUUCACUAAUCCAUCGCAGUUUAAGAGGGUGUUGUUCUCUCUGGGGAAGGCCUUCCUUUACUACAUGGACCACUUCAAGCUCUACAGCGCCUUCUGUGCCUGCCACUCCCGCUCCCAGAAGAUCUUAGAUCCAGCCAGAGGUAACAAGGCACUGAUGGAAUUCCUGGAGGCCAGGAACCCUAAGAAUCAACACUCCUCCUCGCUGGCUUCUUAUCUCAUCAAACCAAUACAGCGUGUCUUGAAGUACCCUCUUCUCCUGAAGGAGAUCAGGAGUCAACUUGACAAGGAGAGCGAGGAACAUUACCACUUAUCUCAGGCCCUUAAGGGAAUGAGUGAGGUUGCAGGUCAUAUUAACGAGAUGAUGAGGGUACAUGAGCAAUUUGGAGACAUCUUUGAUGAGCUGGUGGCCGAGCAAUACCACGUCAAAAAAGAGCCGUCAGUUUUCCACCUGGUGGAAGAACUUCACAGUUCCAAACUUAAGGUGGCAGAUCUAGCAAUGGACGACCUAGUCCUCCACAACACAGCCAUGUGGCUGAACAGCCAGGAUGACCUGGGAAAGGUCAAACGAGGCAAGGAACCAGAGGUCAUUAUAUUUGUUUUCCGCCCAGCUGUCGUUAUCGUUUGUAAGGAGAAGGCAAAGAAGAUGAGGAAAGGCUCCCUUAAAGGAAGCCACUUGGAGGAUAUUAUCCGCUUCAAAUGGAUGAUUCCCGUCUCUACAAUGCAAGUCAGAGACGCCAGUAUUAAUGAUUCGGACUACUUAAGCCUCUGGGAGUUAGUGCAUACCAAGAAAGAAGGAAAGAAAGAGAAAUGCUUCCAAUUCUCAUGCAGUACUUCAGAAAUGAAAUCUCACUUUGUCAAGACCAUUAAGCAAAUUUUGCGAGACUUUAAGUACAACAAGAAUUCCACCAGUGCCAGUAAAUUCUCCACCGUCCGCAACAAGAGCUACGUCCCGUUCAAGGGUGGGAAAGGCUCCGAUGGGUUCGCCCGCCCAAAGAGAACGCUCCGUCAGUCCCUGCAACUUGGUGAGUCAGUGAUGAGCGAGGGCAGCUCGCAGUACAGCGAGGAACGCUCGAGUGGCAGUGGCUCUACCAAGGGGGACCGGUCGGAAGGGGACCAGUUUGAUUCCUUAGAGACGGACUCCAACAGCACGGGGAAGUGCGGAGGCGGAAGCGGAUUCAAGCGACGGACCAGUCUGGACUCCGGAAUGCUCUCCAACGAUUCCAAUUCCCUCUCCGGCAGUAACCGAGACAGUGACCCGCUUAACACUAAUGCCAAUAAUAACAUUCACCGGUUGAUAUCAGAGGACGACUCUGUCUUCGGCACGCCUAGCUUCCCGCUCGCACCUCAGAGUAACGACACCAUGAAACCCAGCACCUCAGUUGUAAUCCCAUCCCAUGAAGAAAUCCAAAGACAUUUGACAAUGUUGGAAGUAUCAACGCAAGAUGAUCCCACCUAUACCUCGGCCGAUAUUGCAAAUCAAACUCUGAACGACAGCCAGGGGGGUGCGGUGUGUCAGCUCAGACCGACGUCAAGGAGGCAGGGAGGGAAGCGGGGAUCGUUGUACGAUAAUUUGCGUUGUGAUUCCUUGGAAGAGGAAAGGCCCGAGGGCGAUGACAACUGCAACUUUGUCAGGAAGCAGAGCACAGCGCUUUGAAGGUUCUACUAAUAAGUGGUUAUGCUCCUUCCAAUUUCACUGGUUCCCAAUGGCUUCCUAAUGACUUACAAGUAGUAAUGAACACCGGAGUAGCCUUAUUAUCUUUGUUAGCUUGGCCUGGGGGAACAAAAUUGUAAAAAAAAGAAGCGCAAUUGUAUAAAAAAAGAAAAUCUUAACUUUUGAAACAGUGAGAGGAAGAUUGUAUUCUGUGUUUGUUUUUUGGGGCCUCGUGACUUGCACAUUGGUGGGUUUUUUUUCUGUAGAAAAUGGACAAAGAGUUGUUAUCCUUAAUCGUUAUGCGCAUUUUACACGGACAAGUUCAUACUACAGAGGGCGCUGUUUAUAAUGUUGAUGCACUGUUUGUGAAGAACCGAGGCAGCCUCACUACCAUGGGCAGCAUUCUGUUUCGAUAAGUUUUGAUUUCUUUUACAAACUAGUUCUGGAUAAAAUAGAGAUUUAUUCUUUUAAAAUCUAUUUUUCCAAAGUUUGAACAUGCUUCAUUAGGUAAACAAACACAACGUUGCCAAGUUUUGCAGUAAAUUAUUUUGUAAUUUUUCAACCGAAUUGGCUGCAAUUGAUCAACAUAAUCACGAAAGAUGGAGUGCAGUUAGAAUUUAUAUUGUAGAUAUUUUUUCCACAAGAGUUAAAUAAAUAAAAUUGUAUAGAAUACACCAUUCGGUUGAAGGAGAAACAUUUGAGAGAGCAAUAAAUACAGCGAUCAUAAUUUUUUAUAAAAAUUAACUUAAAUAUUUUUUAUAGACCGAAGAACAUCGAAAAAGCCUUUCAUUUAAUUCACAUGCAAUUUGUCAGUAAUCCGUUUGGAUGCAAUUUAAUCUUUUCAUGAAACUUGUUUUGAUUUUUUUUUUCCUUCACUUUUAAGCGUCUGGUAUACAUUUGGUAAUGACUCUUAAAAUUAAUGGC